CUAUUGCAAACUUGAUGCGCUUAAAGCGACGCAGGAAUUUUGUACCAGCCAUUGAGUGCAACGAGUUGACUUUGUGAAUUGCAUGACUUGAUUGAAAACAUGGACCUCAAAAAGUUGAAGAUUCCUGAGCUGAAGAAAGAGUUGACGUCUCGCGGCUUGGCAUUGAAGGGAAACAAGCAGGAAUUGGUCAGCAGGCUGUCUGAGUAUCUGGAGGAAAAUGAUGAGUCAAUCCUCGACAAUGGCACGGAGCCCACAGAUGCAAUUUUAACACCUGGAGUUGAAGAAGAUCUCUCAGAACCAGAGGAUGAGCCGAGUCUUCUCGACGAUGAGGAAGAAGAAGAAGAACCAGAAGCAGCUGUUGUCCCAGCAACCGUUGUCAAGGUUUCAUCCCCUGUUGCCCUGCAGAGGAUGCCCAUCGUGGUGGCCCCUGAAGAGGCCAAGCCCACUGCCCCCGCGGUAACGGCGCAAAAAAUUGCCAUUGCUGCACCUACUGCCACAGUGUUGACUCCAGCUCAGAAAAAAGCGUUAAGAGCCGAAAGAUUCAACACACCGCUCUCAGAAGACGCCAAGAAACAAGCAAGAUUAGAAAAGUUUGGAGGCAAGCUAGCUGGUACAGCAUCUGCUGGAGCAGUGCCCAAAACACAAGGCAGUGUAUCAACAAUGUCGUCUGAUGCUCUGGAGAAGUUGAAGAAGCGAUCAGAGAGGUUCGGCACAGCUGUCUCCCCCGUCGUCAAAAAGACCGAUGAGAUGGAUCGACUCUUAAAACGUAAACAGCGCUUUGGCGUAAUAACCAACACCACCACAGCCAAUGUGACUGCCACUGCGACAGGAAAUAGGAGAAUAUCAACAGAGGGCGCUACAGGUGAUACCGAGGCAAAGAAAAAGAAACGUGCAGAGAGAUUCGGUCUGGCGUAACCAUGGAAACGCACCCUGAGGGAUCGCUGCUGUCACCAAAAUGUGUACACUGCAAGCACUCUUGUCAAUAGCAAGAAAAAAAAAUGGGUUGAAAUUUGCAAUUGUGGUGUAAAUGUUGAGGCUGUAUUCCAGCAUAAUAGUGAAGGCCAUGCUUCAUGCGAAUUUGACGUCACGAAAUAUUCGCUGCGAAAUUCGCCAGAGUUAAAAUGUGUUCAACUUUUGCGAAUUCGCAGUGUGAAAACGUGCCCCAAGGUCACACCGAGUUAUGAACCUGCCUUUCUAAAGAAUGGAAGUGGUCAUUUCUAGAAAUAUUCAAAUCUCACUUAAGAUUUCUGUCUUAUAUCUUUAUGAUCAAUGUCAAACAUUUCCUGAAUGAGAAACCAAGGAGCUGAAAUUUUUAGAAGUCGUUGAAAUUUUCUUGUAAAUUUUGCUUAUCCAUUUAGGUCACCGAUUAAGUAUACAAAUGACAUUGGCUUGUACCCCGACUCCAUAUAAUGAAACUGAAUGCUAUUCUGGUUCUCUUCCUUGUCAAUGCAUAUCUGAUGUUUAUCAGCACUUCCAUCUUAAAAUCUUCUCUCCCGUUUUUGCCAAAAUUAUUUGCUUCCUUUAUUGUGACUGAUGGAUUUUGGCAUAAAUUUUCCAGACAUUACUGUGUUAAGGUUUGAAAAACUUUGGCUGAAUAUGUACAGCAUUUUCUGUCGUUUUUUUUUAUUGGUGUACAUGUAGAUAGUGAAGACAUUUUUUAGUGAACUUUUACCUCAGACUUUUGGGUGUAUUUCUUUGAAGUUCAAAUCAGUAUAGACCCGUUUGGUAAACGAUGUGCACUGCAAAUCUUCAAUGGCAAAGUCCGGUUGAAUUAUUUUGUAGUUUUUUUUUAAAUUCUCUGGACAUUCUGGUUGUGUUUUGUCGGGAAAAAUAUGAGUUUGCAUUUGUAAAUGUUAAGGGAAGAAUGCAAAAUUAAACGAGGGGUACCCAAGGUUUUACCCAAGGUUACCCCUUAAAAACAUGUUAAACCACGGUAAACCUUGAGGUAAACCUUGAGGUAAACCUCGCGGUAAACCUCGCGGUAAACCUCAAGUUACCUCCUGUUUAUUAAAUUUUGCAUUCUCCCCUUAUUUCAAUGCCCAGUUUUUACCUUCUCCAGCAGCUUUCAAGAUGUGGACGAAGAUUACUUGUAUUAGGUGUAAAUAGUAUUUUAAAUGUAAAAUUGUUGGGGUUCUUUUGUUGGCUUUGUAUCUGGUAUAGAAUUAGAGGACAAUUUUGGUUGGUUUUUUUUUCGUUUUUUUUUUUCAUUUACUUUAUAAUGUUACCUACAAUCAGUGCUUCUCUAAAAGCAUUACAUAUUUUUUGCGUUUGGAGAUUUGAUGCGGCAAGUAGUUUUAAGCUGUACAUGAACAAUUCUUUGUCAGGGUGUUUUUCCAAAAGGCUGGACGAAAAAGAAAAAAAAACCGGUCAAGUGCUGGAAAUAUUCCCACCAGCAGAAAAUAGAGGGUUCGAGUCCCACCCUCGCAGCCUUCCAUUUAAUGUUCACAGGGUCUCGGGAAGAACACAAGUGUGGACAAUGUUUGCAAAAACAGAAACUUUUACGAUAACUCAAAAGAACCUUUGUAUGUCAUUAGAUAUGUACACACUAGUAUACUUACUGCACACAUGCAAAGUAGUCACAAAAGUGUAAUGCAAAUUAUGCAAGUUUGAACAAAAUGUCGAAAUUGUAUUUCACUUUUUGUAAAUUUUCAAACUUUUGCAAGGCACAGAAUGGCAAUAAAAUAGUCUCCAAA